UUAACAACAACAAAACGAUCAAACGAAAAAUAAGUCAAGUUUCGCCUUGUUAAGAGUUGUGAAAUUGAAUGCUUUCAAAAAGUGCACUGUAACGAGAAUUGUGUUGAUAACGCUGCACAUCUUAUUGGAUUACACUAAAAACUUUCAAGUGUUGGCAAUUCUUCGUCGGAAACGCGGAUGAGAAACGAAAUUGACGUUCCAACGCCAAAGGGAAAAAAACUGAAAAAAUAGAAAACAACGACUAACAGCAAUCAACAAUGUGGAAAUGAUAAUUGCAAUUGCCUGCACAAGCAAACAAAGAAGAAAGAAGCAAGUGAAGAAAGUCGAAGAGCGACGCGGGGAGGAAACGGAGUCGAAAAGAAAAGGAAAUUACCCACGAACGGGAAUGGGAAUGGAAAUGGGAAUGGGAAUGGCAAAUGCAUAGAAAGAAGUUUGCGAAAAACAACAGAAACAUAAACAAAAAAACAGACAAAUAGCAAUUAUAGCUGCUGAUACAAACGCGAUGGUGUUUUACAAUAUGUAAAUAUAAUUAGCCGAGCGGAGUUUUCAUUCCAGGAAUUUCGCCAGCCAACAAAAGAAAUAAAUACUACAACUGCUGCGGAAAAAAUACAAUAAAUACAAGAAGAACAACAAAACACGCCUCGACUUAAAAAGCCGGUUUUAUAAUUACUCCAAGUUUUAGUCCCCUUCUCCCUCCGCGCGCUCUCUCUGUCUCUCUGCCUCUCUAUCUUUCUCUCCCCGGAGAGAGCAUUCAAUUUCAAGUCCCCGAUACGAUUACAAAUCCAAUUGGAACCACGCGUAUUGGUAUCACAAUUCCGCGCUCAAGUGACAAUACCAAUUUAACUACCAUCCAUCGCCAAACCGCAAAAGCAGUGAGCCAGUGUGAGUGCCAGUGCCAGUGUGUGUGAGUGAGUGGCAGUUGCAGUUGCAAGUGCGCUUGCCACUGCGACAAUGGCAGUGUCCUGCCCCGAAGUUAUGUACGGUGCCUACUAUCCAUAUCUGUACGGGCGCGCUGGACCAAGUCGAUCGUUCUACCAAUAUGAGAGGUUCAACCAGGACUUGUAUUCGUCGUCGGGCGUCAACCUGGCCGCCUCAUCGAGUGCCUCGGGCAGCUCCCACUCCCCCUGCAGCCCCAUCCUGCCGCCAUCGGUGAGCGCGAACGCCGCUGCGGCGGUGGCAGCGGCGGCCCACAACAGUGCAGCGGCGGCGGUGGCGGUCGCCGCGAAUCAGGCCAGCUCCUCCGGCGGAAUCGGAGGCGGUGGCCUGGGCGGCCUGGGUGGACUGGGCGGCGGACCGGCGGGCGGACUGCUGGGCAGCAAUGUGGUGCCCGGGAGCAGUAGUGUCGGGAGCGUGGGGCUGGGGAUGAGUCCGGUGCUAAGCGGAGCGGCGGGACACUCGCUGCACAGUUCGCACAGGACGCACGCACACUCCCUCGCCCACGCACACACGCACCCGCACUCGCACACACACACGCACACGCACCAAACCAAAGAAGAGGACCUCAUCGUGCCGCGCAGCGAAGCUGAAGCGCGCCUGGUGGGCUCCCAACAGCAUCAGCAUCAUAAUGAAUCAUCCUGCUCCUCCGGUCCGGACUCCCCGCGCCACGCCCACUCGCACAGUCAUCCGCUGCACGGUGGCGGCGGAGCGACGGGCGGUCCAUCCUCGGCGGGCGGAACGGGCUCGGGGGGCGGCGACGGAGGCGGCACGGGGGCAAUACCCAAGAAUCUGCCAGCUCUGGAGCCGCCGAUGGGCAGUGGAGGCGGAGGAGGAGGUGGAGGAUUGGCCGGCAGUGGCCAGGGACAGGCUCAGUAUCUAUCGGCCUCCUGCGUUGUGUUCACCAACUACUCGGGCGACACGGCCAGCCAGGUGGACGAGCACUUCUCCCGCGCCCUCAACUACAACAACAAGGAUUCUAAAGAGAGCAGCAGCCCGAUGUCGAAUCGCAAUUUCCCACCGUCGUUCUGGAACAGCAAUUACGUGCACCCCAUACCCGCGCCCACACACCACCAGGUUAGCGACUUGUAUGGCACCGCGACGGACACCGGCUACGCCACCGAUCCGUGGGUGCCUCAUGCUGCCCACUAUGGUUCCUAUGCCCACGCAGCCCACGCCCACGCUGCCCACGCCCACGCCUACCACCACAACAUGGCCCAGUACGGCAGUCUCCUCCGGCUGCCGCAGCAGUACGCCAGCCACGGUUCCAGGCUGCACCACGACCAGCAGACGGCCCACGCCCUGGAGUACUCCAGCUAUCCCACAAUGGCAGGCCUGGAAGCGCAGGUGGCGCAAGUACAGGAGUCGUCGAAGGACCUUUACUGGUUCUAAGCAUCACCUGGCGAUGGAGGGCCCCGAGAUCCUUCGGCGAGUGUAAAAACCGUGUCCUGGAAGACGUAAGGACACCGCGGAUCGAAUACAAUGUGCGAUUCUUUGGGUCGGGAUUUGGAGAGCGCUUCUUAAGCAAAACUGCAGUGUCUGUGUUUCUGUGUGAGCAAAACAAUAACAAACGCAAAGGAUUUUGAAAUUUAAUUUAAUUUUACAAUAAUGUUUAACGUUAAAAUAUAAUUCGUAAGCUUAAAACACCUUGUAAACAAACAAUUUGUCGCGCAUUCGAGACCAUUUUUUCCGCGUACUUUUGUUUUUGUAAGUUUAGCAUCCCAUAUCAGCAAUUUAGACACAUACAAUAAUGACUAUAUACACUAUAUAUAUAAAUAUACACAUACAUAUAUAAUGGUAUUCGUAAUCAGCGUUGGUAACGUUUAAUAAUCGACAUUUCUUGUAUAGUUAACGCGAACUUUGACAUACACUUAACGCAACAACAAAGUUAGAAUUUAUUUUGUUUAAACUUCGAUUUUUGCUAACUUCAACAAACUAGGAUAACGAAAAUCAAAUUGAGAAAAAAGCAAAGCAGAAAACCCAAUAAAAAAAGAUAAAUAAAAUUA